AAAAAUAAUAAUAAUUUAAAAAUUAUUAAUAAAAAUAAUAUCUUUGAAACGUCGCAUAUCCCAAAAUGCCCGGAUGAGACCACGGCAUAUGAUUUGCCCAGAUCACUUCUGCGUUGUUGCAAGAUAUGUAGUAUGUAGUCUCAAAAAUGGACUACAACUAGAACCACAAGCGUAUAUAUUAAAAUAUAUGAAGUGUACAUUUGUUUGUUUUACCAAUAAAGCACUUUCAUUGGAAUGAAUCGACUUUUCGUGAUAAAUGUUAUCCGUGGUGACGCAUUCACUAUGGUACGUUCUCGACAAACUUCCGCAAGUGGGCGGGGCUCCUGCGAGCAGAGAGCUGCCGUUCAUCCAAUGAAAUCCCUCAGCGGUGCAGCUGGUGGCAAUGCAGCGGGUGAAUGAAAGUACAUAAAGGAGGCCUUAAACGGAAACCCGAACGAACGGUUUCAGACGCAAGGUGUUUUGUUUUUACUCAAAUUCGGCGUUUGUUGGGAUUUCUUUGUUUUCUGGACUGUUUGUGACAUGACAACUGAGUAAAUAUUUCAACCCGUUAAGCAGAAGGACAACGACGAGGAAGCAGAUGUCCUGUGUGCGCUGGGAACUAAGGUGAAUACCAGGAUUUUCCAGUCACUCAAGCCCUUGAGUGAUUGUAGCCGACUGUGAAGAGGUUGCCAUGAAAGGGGUGAACUCCAGGUCUGCAUUCCUUCUGGGCAUUCUGGUAGGCUACUGCACUGUUUACUUCUUACUGAAGGAGUUGUGGUUCGAGCAAAACUUGAGCGUGUGGCACCAUGCACAUCAGGAUGAGCAGGACGGCUACAGGAGCACUUCUGGAAACUUCAGCUGGAAGAGGCAACAUUUUGCCAGCAUCAACCUGAGUCACCCUCAUCAUACAGAAGAAGACCACCAUGUUGCAGAUGAGCUUUACAAAAAAGUACGUAUCCUGUGCUGGGUCAUGACAAGCCCUGACAACCUACAUUCAAAGGCACGGCACGUGAAAGCAACAUGGAGUCGUCAUUGCAACAUGGUGCUGUUCAUGAGCUCGGUGGAGAAUCGUGACUUUCCAACAGUGGGUCUUGGAACAUCAGAAGGACGUGAUCAGCUCUACUGGAAGACCAUCCGAGCCUUCCAUUACGUUCUGAAGAACCAUGGCGAGGAAGCAGACUGGUUCUUCAAGGCUGACGACGACACUUUUGUGGUCGUGGAGAACCUGCGCUGGAUUCUGUCCAACUACUCCUCCGAGGAGCCGAUCUACUUCGGCAAGCGCUUCAAACCCUACGUCAAGCAGGGCUACAUGAGCGGCGGAGCUGGAUACGUGCUCAGCAAGGAGGCACUGAGACGAUUUGUGCAGGGCUUCAGCACCGGCGUGUGCACCCAUACUACCUCAGUGGAGGACCUAGCCAUGGGUCAGUGUUUGGAGAAGAUGGGUGUGAAGGCAGAAGAUUCGAGAGACAGUGUACAGCGUGAGACUUUCCACCCAUUCAUCCCUGAGCACCAUCUCACUAUGACUUUCCCCAAAUCCUUCUGGUACUGGAAUUACUGCUAUUAUCCCAUUGUGGUGGGUCCACAGUGCUGCUCUGAUCUCGCCAUCUCCUUCCAUUACGUGGACUCUGAGCUGAUGUACAUUCUAGAGUACUACACGUACCGCCUGCGGCCGUACGGCUACCAGCACCGCUACCGAGCGCCAGAUCCAGCUCUCCUCAACACAAUAGUGAACACUGAAAGACCAGGGAAGGUCACUGUGAAAGUAACUCAGCAUGUAGCAGAACAACCAAAGGCGUCAGACCAGGCGCAGCUGAUCCACGCCAGGCAAGAGGGAGACGGGGAUACAGGGGGUGACUCGGGGCAAGAGACAGUUCAAGAGAAUCACCCAGCAAACGGCAGCCCCGUAACCAGUAAGGAGAGUCAGAGAUGAGUGUUUUAUGUCGAGAAAAGGAACGUGUGCAUGGACAUGUAAUGUCAAUUGAACAUGGUGAUCUCGUGCAGCAAGUUCCUCAGAAGCUUAAAGGAGGUGAAAGAAGUUUAUUCAAAGUUAUACCACAGCACUGUUGACUUCUCAGAUCUGAUUGGUCAGGUGUUAGUAACAGUUUCCACAGGUUUAUAUUAAUGCGCUCAUUCUAAAUCGUUAUUAUUUCUACAGUUACAGAUAUUCAGACACACUGAUACGAUGAAACUUGGUCAAGAGAUGCUUGUUUAUGGAAGGAGUCUCCAGUGUGAGCACUUUGUUACAGUCAGUAAGUUUUCCACCACAGGAGUCUUCAGGACUGGGCACACAAGAUAUUUAUAGCUGCUAUAACACAAGUCAUAACUAUUGUUUCUCAUACAUUAAAUGUAACUAUAAAUGGAUAAAAGCUAUCCUGUUUUAAUAAAUAAAAACAGUAAUUAUCAAAGUGCUGUGGUAUAAGAGGAAUUAAUUACUUUAUGGUGUGCUGUUGUAGGAAAUGAAUCAACUUUGGACUGGUAAUUGUAAUUAUCAAAGUGAAAUAUUUAUUUUCCUAUAACCCCAUGUCCUCACUUCAAGGCAUUCGAAAGUCCCAAGUGUGUAGACUGGUUUCUUCACCUUAAUUUUAAUUUAAAUUUUAAUUUCACUUCUGCCAGCUAGCAGCAUUAAUGUUGAUGUUCUGGACAGCAAUGCAUUUGCAAUCACAUCACUGUUCAGGUGUCUCGUUUACCAAGUGGACAGUUGAUUUGCAUCUUUUCCAGGAAUUAAUUAUUCAGAUAUUAAUUUGUUGUCAGUGUUUCAUUAACCUCCUGUAUUCCAUACUUAUUUUUUUCUCUGCAGUGUUUAAUGGGAGAACUAGGCCUGUGUAAAUGAUGACUCACUGUAAUUAUGAUUUACAACAACUGAAAUGUCUUUGUACUGAGAAAUGGACACUGACCAUUUCAAAUAUUUUCUCUUAAGUUAUUGUGCCGCAAAUGACAUAUCGGUGUACAUGAUUUUAUUUUCUUUCUUAAAUUGCCUUGGGCUUAAUGUGAGGUACAUUUUUUUUUCUCUGGAGGAUGAUCUAGUUACUGUUUAUUUCUGCCGGUGUCUGUGAAGUUCUAUGACUGUCUCGUUGCAAAGAAAUUAUUUGACCACUAAUAAAGCCUGUAGGACUCGGACUACAUCUGA